AAUCCUAAUUCAUUUUCAUGAAAUAGGACCAAAAACAGCAAAAUAAUCUAAUAGCCCGUUGGCCUAGCUCCUUCUGCCUUGAAUUCCGCAGCAUGUACAAAGUGCUAAACUCUUGAGCCCAUUGUUCGUUGAAGCUCCACAUUCAACAUUCAUGAUGAAACAGCUGCACAAAGCAAGCUCUAACCACCACCGGCGGGACGAGGAGAUCCCCACUUCCCAAUCAUCAUCUUACUCUCCGAAAACGCUAAAGCCCACCAGAUCUCUCCCUCGAUCCAUCAACUACCUCUUCAGAGAACAGCGCCUCCUUUUCAUUAUCAUUGGCAUCCUCAUCGGCUCCACCUUCUUCAUCCUUCAGCCUACUCUCUCCCGCCUAGGCCCCUCUGACCCCCAUUCCUAUCCUUCCUUAUCCUUCACUCGCAACUCCCUUGAUUCUUCCUCCUCUAACUUCUUCCGCAAACAUUCCUUUUCCGGUCGUGUACCGGCGGGUAUUGGUCGUCGUAGAUUGCGGAUUGUUGUUACUGGUGGAGCUGGAUUUGUUGGGAGUCAUCUGGUCGAUAAGUUGAUUUCGCGGGGCGAUGAGGUUAUUGUGAUCGAUAAUUUUUUCACUGGGAGGAAGGAGAAUUUGGUGCAUCUGUUUGGGAAUUCAAGAUUUGAGUUGAUUCGUCACGAUGUGGUGGAGCCUAUUUUGUUGGAAGUCGAUCAGAUCUAUCACCUGGCUUGCCCUGCGUCUCCUGUUCAUUAUAAGUACAAUCCAGUCAAGACUAUCAAGACGAAUGUGAUGGGUACGCUUAACAUGUUGGGUUUGGCGAAGAGGGUAGGGGCGAGGUUUCUGCUCACCAGCACAAGUGAGGUGUACGGAGAUCCACUCGAGCAUCCGCAGAAGGAGACUUAUUGGGGAAAUGUAAACCCAAUAGGCGAGAGGAGUUGCUAUGAUGAAGGGAAACGGACAGCAGAAACCUUAGCUAUGGAUUACCACAGGGGUGCAAGCGUUGAGGUCCGUAUUGCUCGCAUUUUUAAUACAUAUGGGCCUCGCAUGUGUUUGGAUGAUGGGCGUGUUGUCAGCAAUUUUGUUGCUCAAGCCAUCCGCAAACAACCAUUGACUGUUUAUGGUGAUGGGAAACAGACCAGGAGCUUCCAGUAUGUUUCUGACUUGGUUGAUGGACUGGUGGCAUUAAUGGAAGGUGAGCAUGUGGGCCCAUUCAAUCUUGGCAAUCCAGGGGAGUUCACUAUGCUGGAACUUGCUGAGGUUGUCAAAGCAACAAUCGAUUCAAGUGCAACAAUAGAAUUUAGACCAAAUACUGCUGAUGAUCCACAUAAGAGGAAACCAGAUAUCAGCAAAGCAAAGGAGCUGCUGAACUGGCAGCCAAAAAUUUCUUUGAGAGAUGGAUUGCCCCUCAUGGUGAAUGAUUUCCGGAACCGCAUUUUGAAUGAAGAUGAAGGGAAGGGGCUUAUAUAAAGCAACAUCGGAGUUAGUAUGUAUAGUGUGAAGAGAAUAGCUGUAUCUUGAUUCAUUUCAUGUGUGAAGAGAAUAGCUGUAUCUUGAUUCAUUUCAUGACUGUCGUUCAGAAUCCACAUUACCCGGGAAGUUAUAGCAAUAUGUCUACACGAAUAUGCAUCUGUUAUUUGUCAAACUGUGCUUUUUAGCACACAAUUUAUGUCUUUGUAGUUCUUUUUUACAUUUUGAAAAUUUUAUUUUCCCUUUAAGCA